GCUUAAUAUUUGUAAGUGUGACUUCUAUUUUCUCGCACAACUUAGGUUAGUUAACUCACCAUAAAAUUCCGUGGUUUAAUUUGAACGUAUGUAAGGAAACACAGAUCAUCGAUAGUUAAUUUGAAUGAAGGCUGGUGCAGCAUCUAAAGUCCGAAAAUUAUAUCUCACUAACUCUGAAGUUCCUGACAAUUGAUUCCGAUUGGCAGAUUGUGAAUAGAAAGAGGAAUUGUGUGUAUAUUCUCAAGCUUGAGGCCGGAUUUGUUAUUAGGAAGAACUUGUGUGCGUACUCUGGCAUUUCUUAUGCGAGCGCGCAUUGUGAAGAAAGAGUUUGUGGAGGCUCGGGAAGUUUGAAGAGACCUGAAGGCUCGCAGUGCAUGGCGCAAUAGGAUGCCAGUCUCCUUCAUCUUGGCGUUCAGCCUCCUCACGAUUCAAGAGCCUCUUCUGGACUCACUCCUGGAACCACACUUUGUUAACAGAUGAGUUGGCAGAACGGAAUUGAGCGCCAGUCAUGCUUCUGUUUCACUCUAAAACGUUCCAUCACCUUAAGCCUGUCCCCACUCGGGAUCGCUUUCUCAUCUUCCUUUUACUUCUGUUCUCUUACCUUGAAGUGACCAACGCCACGGUCUUCGAUGGGAGAAUUUGCAUCGGGACGAACGGGCGUAUGUCGGUGCCCUCUAACCGGGAGCAUCACUACAGGAACCUCAGGGACCGCUACCUCAACUGCACCUACGUCGACGGCAACCUCGAACUUACUUGGCUACAAGACGAGAACCUCGACCUCUCCUUCCUGCAGUACAUCAGAGAGGUAACCGGCUAUGUGCUCAUCUCGCACGUGGACGUGAAGAGGAUCGCUCUUCCGUCACUUCAGAUCAUCAGGGGACGCACGCUCUUCAAACUCGCAGUUCAUGAUGAAAACUUUGCUCUUCUUGUUACCCUCUCCAAAAUGCACACUCUCGAAAUGCCAGCUCUCAGAGAUAUUUUGGAAGGCACCGUUGGUCUGUUCAACAACUACAACUUGUGCCACAUCACGACGAUAGAGUGGAAGGAAAUAAUGAGCGACGCGCGUGCAGAACAUGUCUUUGUUUACAACUUCACGGAGCCCGAGCGAUCUUGCUCGUGUCAUGACUCCUGUUUGAAAGGCUGCUGGGGCGAAGGACCUGAAAACUGUCAAAAGUUCAGCAAGUUGACGUGUUCACCGCAGUGUCAUGCCGGCAGAUGCUACGACGAUGGACCGCGUGACUGUUGUCAUUUAUUUUGCGCCGGCGGCUGCACGGGACCUACUCAAAGCGAAUGCUUGGCUUGCCGCAAUUUCUACGACGAUGGUGAAUGCAAGCAAGAAUGUCCGGCCAUGCAGCGCUACAACACUAUCACCUAUUCCUGGGAAACCAACCCUAAUGGCAAAUACGCUUAUGGAGCCACGUGCGUCAAGGACUGCCCAGAGCACCUACUUAAAGAUAACGGCGCGUGUGUCCGAUCGUGCCCACCUAAGUUUCGGGCAGUGAAUGGAGAGUGCGUGCCCUGUAACGGCCCAUGUCCAAAGACCUGCGUCGCCACAGACGACGUACAUGCUGGAAACAUCCAUGACUUCGCAGGAUGCACUAUUCUUGAAGGCUCGCUCACAAUCCUUGACCAUUCGUUCGAUGGAUUCCAACAAGUGCACGAUGACUUCACGUUUGGAGAGAAGCUCCCCGAGAUGCACCCUCGGGAACUAGAAGUGUUCAGCACACUCACUGAAGUCACCGGGUUCAUCAACAUCCAAGCCUCCCAUCCAGAGUUUACAAACCUGUCUUUCUUGCGAAACUUAGAAACUAUCGGAGGCCGAGACUUGACUGAGUAUUUUUCAGCUCUGUAUAUCGUAAAGACUUCCUUGCAGAGCUUGAAUUUGCGUUCUUUGAAACGAAUAAGAGCAGGAAAAGUAUACAUCUUAGAAAAUAAGGAUUUGUGUUUCGCGGCUAACAUGACUUGGAAAAAACUGGUGAAGCAACAGGAUACUGAAGCUCUUCUUCUAGAAAACAAUCGUGACUACAAUGAAUGUAAACAACUAGGACUUGUGUGUAAUGAAGAGUGCAGUGAUGAUGGUUGUUGGGGAGCAGGCCCAGAAGAAUGUUUGAGUUGCAGGAAUUUUAAGCUGCAAGAUAAAUGUGUGAAUAACUGCAACGAGCCGGGCAUGUACGAAAAGGAGCCUGGCGUCUGCAGUUUGUGUCAUGACGAAUGCUUAGGUGGCUGCACUGGUCCUUCCUCAAGCCACUGUAAGUCGUGUAGGAACGUUAAAGAUGGUCCAUUCUGCUACGCACGUUGCCCGGAUACCAAAUUUAAUGAAGGAGGGCAAUGUAAACCGUGCCACCAGAACUGCGUCAAAGGUUGCCGAGGUCCUGAAAACAACAUCGGUCCUCGAGGCUGUAUUUCAUGCGAAAAAGUCAUCAUCAAUGAUGAACUAGAGGUAGAGAAGUGCUUAAAGGACCAAGAAUCAUGUCCUGAUGGUUACUUCUCUGAAUGGGUCGUUCAUCAAGAAACAGGAGACCUCCAGCGCAUGGCUGGCAAAACCAUCUGCCGAAAGUGUCACCCGCGCUGCAAGAACUGCUCCGCAUACGGCUUCCAUACGAGCGUGUGUCACGAAUGCCUUCACUACAAGCGCGGCGAACAGUGCGAGGAAAGGUGUCCCGAUGAUCACUACGCCGAUGAAGAACACCACGAAUGUUUCAAGUGUUCGUCGGAAUGUUCCUCGGGCUGCCGCGGCCCGACAGUGUCGGACUGCAACGCGUGUCGCAACUACCGCAUUUACUUGCAGCCGCCCCCCGGCACCAACCUCACGCGCUUCAACUGCUCUGCCAACUGCCCCGCUGAGCUGCCGUACAAAAUAUUCCCCGAAGACGCAUCCGAUCCUUACUGCGGCACCGACCCUGUGCCUUAUUUUUUAGAUGAAGAAAGUCUUCCAGCAGUUGUCGGCGGUGUCAUAGGCUGCGUAUUCUUGUUCUGCUUGUUCGUCUCAGUCUUCUGCUACAUUUGGUGGAAGCGCAGCAAGACCAAGGAAGCUGCCAUGAAAAUGACGAUCAGUAUGAUGCCAUUUGAUGACAAUGAGCCACUCAAGCCAACCAACAUUAAGCCUAAUUUAGCUAAGCUACGUAUCGUAAAAGAAGCGGAGCUUCGGAAAGGCAGUGUACUGGGCUACGGAGCUUUCGGCACCGUCUUCAAGGGGGUGUGGGUUCCCGAUGGUGAAAAUGUAAAAAUUCCUGUUGCCAUCAAGGUCCUUAGGGAAGGCACCGACACGAACGUGAGUCGCGAGAUUUUGGAAGAAGCUUACAUCAUGGCAAGCGUCGACCACCCAAACCUGCUGCAGCUCUUAGCCGUCUGCAUGACCACGAAGAUCAUGAUGGUUACGCAGCUCAUGCCCUUGGGAGCCUUACUCGACUACGUCAGAAUCAACAGGGACAAGAUCGGUUCCAAGCCUCUGCUGAACUGGUGCACGCAAAUUGCUCGUGGAAUGAACUACUUGGAGGAGCGCAGACUCGUUCACCGCGACCUUGCCGCCCGCAACGUGCUCGUGCAGACACCAAAUCUCGUUAAAAUAACAGACUUUGGCCUCGCCAAGCUCCUCGACGGCAACGAAGAAGAGUACAAGGCGGCCGGCGGCAAGAUGCCCAUCAAGUGGUUGGCUCUCGAAUGCAUUCAACACCGAAUUUUCACUCACAAAUCUGACGUCUGGGCUUUUGGAGUGACUGUUUGGGAGAUUUUGACGUACGGCGGUCGUCCGUACGACGAUGUUCAUGCCCGCGAAGUUCCCGAAAUGCUUGAGAAGGGCGAGCGGCUUCCUCAGCCCGCGAUCUGCACCAUCGAUGUUUAUGUUAUCAUGAUUCGAUGCUGGACUCUGGAAGCCGAGGAAAGACCAACGUUCAAGGAACUCACUGAGGAUUUUGCCAAGAUGGCCCGCGAUCCAGGUAGAUUUUUGGUAAUCCCUGGCGACAAGCUGAUGCGUCUUCCGUCUUACACCACUCAAGACGAGCGAGAUUUUUUCCGGUCACUGUCUUCCGCUAUUGGGGGUGACGGAAUUCUGAUGGCAGCCGAAGAGUACCUGCAACCAAAGUACGGAAUUGCGGUUCCAAACACGUCGUCCUCGACUUCUUCGGAACCCAUUACACCCGUGAAAAAACAUCCCACGCUUUAUGGUACGUUGCCCCACUACAUGUACGGGGAAGGUGAGGGAAGCAUAGCCGCUUCUGAGUCGCCUCAAAAUAGGCAAAACAGACAAAUAGAACUGAAGUACUUCAAUUUGAGAGCUGCGACGACAGGGCCUGAUCUUAGAGCCCGAGAAGAUUCAGUUACGGUCCGCUAUUGCGUUGAUCCAUUGCAAGUGCUUUUUGAAGAUGCAGAAAUGGGCGACGAUGAUUGCUUCGAGAACAGCCCUUCCGGCGACUCGGACGCCAACAGCCGCCCUCCAGGUUACGGGUGGGUCGGCAACGUCCGCCUCGACCUGCCCGUUGACGAGGAUGACUACCUCAUGCCAUCCACGCAGCCGCCCUCAUCCACGGCCAGCUCCUCACAUCAGCACUACAUGGACUUGCUCGACUCAGCUCCAUCUGGUACACAAGCAGCUUCAGACUACUACAAGCACCUGAAGAACAACGGGCACUCGAAAAAGCAGAUUGCAAUGGACAAUCCCGAGUAUCACGUCAUGAACAAGCGUAACGUCGCUGCUGCAGUACAGGCAGCAAACAUGCCUCAACGGAACGGCGUCCAGCACCGUAGUUACGGUGAAUAUCCGCCUAUCACUCAUCCUUCUCAACAUUAUUCCUCUCGCAGACGACCGUCGCAAAGGUCUUCCCACUCCUCACAGCCUCACACACCAACGGACACCUACUUCCCUACCUCCACUUCAGAUCCCAAUAACUUUUGCGCCUUCCAAAGGACGGCUUCGGACAUGAACACCUUUAGGGUUCCAUCAAAUCCUUCAAAUCCCUCGACACCCACGGACUCCAACUUCCCCGGCUUCCCUGCCACGACAAACGGAGGAAGUUUCGUUGGCUUCCACAACGGUUUACCGGCCACGAGCAACAAUAGUCACAUUUUGGGGCCUAUGUUCCCCGGGGUGCAGACUGUCGGGGUACCCGUCAUUGACCCACAUAGUCGAUUGCCUUCAUACAGCAGCACGGGGUCCAGCGGUCCCGGGUCCGGUGGACCAAGUAUGGGAUCUAAUGGUCCCAGUAUGGGAUCUAAUGGGCACAAUGCAGGAUCUAAUAUACUCAAUUUGGGUUCCAAUGGUCACAAUAUGGCAUCCAAUGGCUUCAAUAUAGGAUCCAACGGGCUUGGCAUGGGACCAAAUGGUUUCAACGUGGGCUUUAACGGUUCUAUGAUGGGCUCUCACGGCAAUAUUUUAGGUUCAAAUGGCCAUUCCAUGGGUUCAAAUGGUCUCUUGAUGGGGUCUAACCACCCUAACAUAAAUUCUAAUGGGCCUAGCAGCUUGCAGAACAGUUUGACGUCUCAUGGUAGCGGGUCUGGGACAAACCACCAGCGAAGUCACCAACAACCCAACGGUGAGGCCUCCCACGAGUAUUAUAAUGAUCUGACAAGAGGCUAUGGUGGUCUACAGCCCUCCUCGCCACGCAGCGAGACCACUGUGUAGUAUCCGACACUUGAAUGAUGUUUGAAGAGAUUAUAUUUCUGGUCCUGGUCUCAGAGAUUUUUCGCUGGGAACAUUUAUGAGCCUGUCUUGAGAGGAACUCUGAGUUGACAAGUCGUUAGCUAAUGUAUAUUUUACGUAACUUAAGUCGUCCUUUGUGACUCGUCUGUGAUCUUUAAGUUUAUAAUCUGUUCAUAGUGCGCCUGCUAUUUUAAAAUGGGCGUAAAUUUUUAAGGUUUUGCUGAAAUAUUUUUUGGGGUUAAAAGAUACUGAGUACGCGUUUUUGUGUAAAAAUUUGGCGUUUUUAAUGUCCACGAAGUGCCAAGAUAGACGCAUGCCAACGUUUUCGUUUAUUUUAAGUGUAGAGGCGCUCUCAAGUGUGGGGCAAUGAUAUUCCUCGUGUUUGGUUAGUUCCUUGUAGAAUAUUUGAACAUUUUCCUACGUCACAAUCAGGAGCUUGUAAACACAUCGCCAUCAUUAUUCUUCUAAAAAUUAGUUCGCUUCCUGCGGGUUACUUUUUCUGAUCUUUGCAAAUUACUCUUCCAAGAAUGACGGCUAACUUUUACUUAUUGAUUCUAUUUGUUUAUUAAAUUCUCUACUGAGCCGUAAAAUGUCAUUACUGAACCGACUUCUUUCAUAGCAAAUGUUCUCGUGUUCAGAGUUUAAUAUUUUAUUUUACUUCGUUUGCGCAAAAUUAUUCCGGUAACCAUAUACAUAUAUCUAUUGUCUCGUAGAAAAAAAAAACAACUUACGCAUUCUCUGUAAAUAUCAACUACAACUUGGUUCCGACGGUGAUGGUUUCUUAGGGGGAAGUUAGAAGUCCUAUAUAUUUUUUGUUUGUUUCUCUUCUUCAAGCUCAUUCACUAAUUUUUUCCCUGCGUUCUUUUAUUAUUAUUUUAAACUUUGCCUGCCAUGUUCGCGAAUGCUGAAGGCCACUGCUGAAAUAAGCGCUAAAUUAUUUGCUCCACUUAGGGAUUUUCUUUUUCAUUUAUGAAAUAAUUAUUUUUUUAGAAAGUUCUUAAGGGAUUUUUCUUUCUAACAAAUUGAGAACUUGUUAGUUUCUUUACAGUUAUUUAAAGUAAUUUUGGUUUUAAUUAAAGACAAGAAUUCAUAAAUCUUAGUUAGUUGGUUUAAAUUAAUGCAAUAUUCUCUCACAAACUUAUGCCACAAAAAUGAUCAUUAAGAACAGAUGACUCGCUAAAAUACUACACUUAAAAGCUUAGCGGAAAAUAUCACCAAUUUCGUAGAAUUGUUUUAAUUUCACAUAUAUAUGGCAUCUGUACAACAAAAAUGAAUCUAACACUAUCAUAAUUCUCAGUUAAGUGGCUCACACCUAUUUCUAAUCCAUAAGGCAAAGUAUAGUUUUACCGUAGUUAAUUUGUUAUAUUAAUGUAAAAAAGAUUUUUAAUGUAAAAUGAAGAGUGUACUAAUAUCAUUAUCGAAGACGUUUGCUCGUAAAUGUACAGUUAAGUGCACCUGAGAUGUUGCUGCUCUCCUGAACUUUUGGUGAUAAUUAAUACAACGUUUGAUAAUUAUAAUAUAAAUAGGAAAUUCUUAAUUGAACAAUUAUAGUUGCAUCACAAAAACUGUUAUUUGGAUUCGAUUCUCUAAUUCUAUUGUGGAAUGCCUGGAUGCACGAGGAAGAAUUCUACCGGCAUGUAGUCUGAGUGUAAAUUUUCUAGUGCUGCUCAAUGAUGAUAAUUCUGUACAUAACCUCUCAUCGUCAUAGCUGUGCAAAUCUCUGUAAUUUUAACAUUUUAAGUCACCAAUUUAGUUUUUUCCUUUAUUGCACUUCCACCUCUAGGUUCCAUAGCUAUCAAUUUCGUCCAUUCCAUCUUGAAUAAUUACAGCAUCUUGUCUUAGAAAUAUUUCUAUUCUUGGAUGUAUGCAUUUCGAUUUCGAUUUUUUCGCUUAGAUCCACACUUUCGGCAAAGCUGGAUCUUGAUCCCAGUUCAUUUUUAGCGAAUUUUCUCA